AGUGUAUUUUUAUAUGCGCAUUUAAGAAAAUUAUAGUCCGAUUUCAUUUAAAUUUACUUUUGAAUGCACUUUCCAAAGUCAUAUGUAUUCAUUUUUUUUUGAAACUGAUAAGUAACUUUUUAUAUGAUAUGAAAUAUUGACUCAAGUUAUCUUUAAAUUAUCAUCAUGGAAAAUGUUCUUAUACAAAAUAAAAUAAAAAUUUUGUUUGAGAAAAUAUCAGACCCAAAAUAUGUUAUGAACAAUUAUUAUGCUGAUCACUUUUUUAUUAAAAUAAAUUCUUCUGAUCCAGAUGUAACCUCUUUGAAAACAUGGCCUGUACUACCUGAUUUACUAAUAGAAGCACUCAAUCACAUGGAAAAAUACCAUAAUACAGUCAAAGUGUUUCUCACGAGAAUAUUAGGAGUUAUCGCACAAGGAGAGGUACAUUUUUCUAAAAUUUUUUCAAAAAAAGGUGACGAGAUUGCUAAAUCAUUCAAUGAGAUAAAUUCAAAGAACAUGGAUACAAGCUUGAGAGUAGCCUACAUGGAAGUAGCUCUUGCUCUUGUUAAUCAUAAUUCAGGCGUCUACUGGCUCUUAGAGAGUGGGGUCUGGAAAGAAAUUCUCAGUCUGUGCAAUGAAAACCGUACCGUUUUUGUUGUACGUCAAACCUAUAAAUUUGCAACUUUAUUUCUCUGGAAAUUAAAUAGUAUAGGAAACGAAGCCAGUGUCAAGGAAAUACUGACUUUUAUAUUAAAGCCGAUUUCAGAUCACGACUUUAUGAGAAUCGAUUCGUUAACCUGUGAAGAAGAGGAUGUCAUUCGCAAAACACUCGAGCCAAUGUUUCAAAUACUUUUAGCGGUUGUGAGUUACAAAGGUUAUAUAAAAUCCUCAAAUUGCAUUAUAAAUGUUUUGCUGAAAGAUUUCAAAAUUAUUACAUACUGUUACGUCAUAUUGGAUAGAUUGCGUGGAGAAGAUAUAAUUCUGAUUAUUAUGAAAUUUGUAUUUUGGAUGACUAUAGGGAAAAUAUUAGUCGUGAAACCCAUGGCGACCAACAUAGAAUACAGUCGGGAAGAUUUAAUAGAAGUCAGUGUGACCUAUUUUAAUGCUAUACAGUUUCUAAUUCAGCGUCGCUGUGCAACAUUGAUAUUCGAUUUCUGUAAUGCAUGCAAUUUAAUAUGGGGUUGUAUUUGGGACAAACCAGAACCAGCGAUGUGGGAGUUGGACGGUAGGAAAGUUGAGUUGCAGAAGCAAUUGUUAGUGAUUUGCCUCGUACCAUCUUUGGUUUAUGCCACAUAUAAGAGACCAUCAAUGGAUAAACAUGACGAUAGGGUUAACGACAUUAUUGCAAAGAUAAUGGAUUCAUCUUGUGAACAUACAGCACGAACUGCUUAUGCCUUGAGAGAUCUGAUGAUGCAACUGGAUAUACAAGCGACCACCUUACAAAGUGUUAAGCGCUUAACUUGCUUAAAAGAUCAUUUGAAUAAUGAACAAGCUAAUUUAGUGUUUCAAACUCUAUUCUACGUUUUGCAAGAGUACAAUCCGGUGGAUGAUCAAGGUGAAUUGAAGCACGAGGAAGAUAUUGAAGACGAUCAAGAGAAAGUACUCGUGAUGACAUACGUCUUGGACUCGUUGCUGUUGCUUGUUAAGAACUACAAUAUAAAUUGGCAAGAGAGCUUCGAAGUCUUAUGUCUUUACAGCGUUGUUUAUAAAGUCUUGAAGCGGCAGAAUCUUACAUGCAAGUUUGUAGUGACAGCAUUGAACGUAAUAGAAAUGACAGUUAAGAAGUUUCUCCCGCCAAACCUCUCUCUUUUGUUGGAUUCAAAGCCAGGGUCGCCAAUGCACGAGCUCGGGAAACUUAUCUAUAUGAAGAUGAACGACUUCCAUUGGGAGGUGCGAGAUUCGGCGCUAGAGCUGCUGUACGUUUGCACAGACAUCUCAUUCAUAAAGUUUCCGCCAUUCCAAAAGCAGAUUAUCGCCAAUGAUCUUAUAAACGUGGCAAUGACGAUGGCGCUGAACGAUCAUGAGUACUACGUGCACGUGUCCGCACUCAAGUGCGUGGGCGCGGCCAGCAAGGUGGUCCCGCUGUGGGAACACCUCAAGCAGCAGUUCCCGGACGUACAGGAAAAACUUCUAUUUAUACUUUCAAAUAAUCCGGAAGGCAUCGUCCGCAAAGAAGCCUGCAACGUUCUUUGUGAGAUUUAUCAGAAUGUUAAAUUAAACCGUAACUUCAAAAUAACUCUAUAUGAUCAUAUGGUGUCCGCGGCCCUGAGCGACUUCCAUUGGGAAGUUCAGCUGACUGCACUCAAAUUCUGGAAGAUUGUUAUACAGUCAUUACUAAACGAUCAAGGCAUGCUCGAUGGUACAUUCCCACCGGUGACAUUCUCUAGGGAAACCCGGAAAAUUGUCACACUCAAUCAAGGAGAAAUCCAAAAACGUUUGACAAGAAUCCUCGAAGAACUCGCGUCGAUUGGAUGCCUGACCGUCCUAGUGAAAUUGCUUCAUGAUGAAACCGAAGUGGAGAUUAUGGACGCCGCUCUCGCAAUAUCCACAGAACUAUUAGAUAUUCUUGAUAGAUAUAAAGUUCCACAAAGUUUGACCCCUAGCGAGAAUGAACCGAAAAAUGUAAAUGAUUUGCUGAAUAAAAUCAAAUUGGAUAACAUUAACGUGGAAAAUUGUGUCGGUGAACAAUCGGAGGACUUGGAGAAAGCGGAAAAUGUUAUUGAGAGUAUUUUAAAAGCGGAUGAUAUAAAUUUAUUAGCAAACAUAUAUGAAAGGCACAUGAGUCUGAAGCCUAAUGAACCACACCCAAUCAGUGUAAACCGAACGAAAUUCCUCAGUUUUGCGUCGCCAUAUUUAUUUGUCUCAUUUAUUAGAAGCGAAGACUUCAAAAAAGUUAUUGAACAGAAGCAUAAUUGGAAAAAUGGAAUUAAAAGUCUUUCAUCGUUAUUAGAUGAUUUUUUAGGUAUAUAUGAAAUUAAUGAUGAGAUUAACGCGUUAGAUUGUUACUGAGAUUAUGUAAUAUAGCAAAUUAGUAGUUAGAUUACAUAGGACAUUUUAAAAUAUAUAUAUAUUUUUAUAUAUAUUUGCCGGGAGGGCAAAUGACUCUACUCCACCUGAUGGUAAGUGGUAGUAGAGUCCAAAGCCGACGACGGAAAGUACAGUCGGGAAAAAUGUUCUGCGCUAGUAUAUAUAUAUAUUUUUGUGAAUAUAUUGUCUGGUAAAAGUUUGAA